AUGGCCGAAAAUUUGAGUCAUUUUGAGGUGGUGGCAACACGUGGGAAACAGCCUAACGCUUUGUUUGCUCCCGAGGCAAUCGCUUUAGUGCUGAUCGUCAUUUCCUCCAAAUGGCCGGCAUUGGGUAUAAAAGUUGUCCCUCGGGAUUCUAAUCACCACGACCUCACCUACGAGCCACAAACCGAAAUGGUUCUUCGGUAG